UUCAACUUCGAAAGUCUCGCCGGACCUGAUUCCUCGCAGGAGGAAAUCUUCGAGACCGUCGGGCGCGAGGCGUGCGAGGCGUUCCUGGACGGAUUCAACGCCGCCAUCUUUGCCUACGGUCAGACGGGCAGCGGCAAGACGCAUACCAUGUACGGAUCUCUAGAGGAGAGAGAGGGGGCUGGCCUGAUCCCCAGGAGCCUGGAGUUCAUCCUCGGUAGGAUGCAGCAGAACUUCUCCGGCGCCCAGCACGUGGCUUUGCGGUGCUGCUUGCUGGAGAUCUACAACGAGCAGGUUAUCGACCUGCUAGUCGCCGAGUCGAGGCCCCUGCAGAUCAGGGAGAGGAUGGAUGACGGGGUCACGUUCGCUGAGGGCGCUUGCUCCCCCCUCGUCCGCAGCUUGUCCGAGGCCCUCGAGCUGCUUCGGGGAGGCAUCGCGAGGAGGCGGGUGGGCGCGACAUGCGCCAACGAGUGCAGCAGCCGCUCUCACUGCAUACUGAGCCUGUUUCUUGACGUGAGGGAGGAGGAUAAGGCUAAGAUGGUGGUCAAGACUUCUGCCCUCCACCUUGUUGAUCUAGCAGGCAGCGAGCGACAGAACCAGUCGAGGUCGGAGGGGAAAAGGUUAAAGGAAGCAAACAACAUCAACCGCUCGCUCUCUGCCCUCGGCAACGUCAUCCUCAGCCUGGGGAGUGGCAGCAGGCACAUCCCCUACAGGGACAGCAAGCUGACUUUCCUCCUCCGGAACAGUAUAGGCGGGAACUCCAAGACCUUCCUGAUCGCCAACGUGAGCAACGAGCCGGUGAACUUUGGGGAAACGAUCUCGACGCUCAAGUUCGCCUCCUCCUCCUCAAGCUCGAAGCUUCUGGCGAGGAGAAAC